GAAAACCAAAAAAUUGUCAUUGACGGUGUUGCGCUUGGAACAACUACCUUUGAAGAUGACGAACUGUUGGUUUUGAAGAAUUCUACGUUGACGCUUAACAACUUCAUGAAUAUUAAGUUACCAGCCGGUAUUUCACUUACUGACAAUUCUGUGCUUAAUAUAAAUACCCCUCCAGACGACACCCCCCCAUCUGAUUCAUACGAUGUAAAAAGACCUCAAUAUUCAAUGGUUAUCAAUGGUAAGGUAAGUAUCGAUAAUGGGUCACAGUUUGUCUUUGAUGGUAGCUCGCUAGUUUAUUCUCUGGGUCCGUAUGCAUCAGAAAAGUUUUUAUUUGAUAUAAACACCGGCAUGGAUGGAAUAUUUAUAUCAAAAGAUAGUACUAUGAGAAUUACACUACCUAAAUAUUUAGAUUGGGGUUUUUCUCAUGCCACUACUAAAUUCUCUGGCAUUCAUAUUGGUGGUACAUAUAAGGCCCCUUAUAACUCACCAUUAGUUAUAU